ACAUAGAGAAUUUCCUUUUUAAGCAAAAGUCAACCUUCUUCUUUGGUAGUAGGAUGCCAUAACUUGGGGGUAUCCUGCCUUUUUCAUCUUAAAAUUUUGUUUUUGAUUUAGUUUUUCGGUGUUACAAUUUUUUCCAAGACACCAGAACCAACAAGUACUGACCUAAUUUUUAUUUGGAAUUUUCUAUCAUAUUAGUGGGCAACCAUGAAGGCAUUAUAUUGAUGUCACAUUGCUAAAUAAUGACCAAAGUUCCUUACUAAAUUAAGCAAAGACAAGUCUUAAUACUGACCUAGUUUUUCUUGGGAAUUGGCUAUCAACUUAGUGGUUAACCAUGAAGCAAAUGCAUAAAUGUUUAAAAAGUGUGUCAUAAUGUAGUAUAAAAACCAGAGUUCCCUACUCAACUAUGCAACACGUCUUAGUUCUUUCCUUCUCUUCUUCAAGUUGCAAAAUGAGAAGCUUUGGGAAUUUGGGUCAAUGGCCUCUACUUGCAUUUGCUUUGGCAAUUUGCUUUGUAGCCAGCACUGUAUUUGCUGAUUACUCUUAUGACUAUACUUCUCUUACACCUUCUUACAACUCUAAGAAGUACUACAAAUCACCAUCUCCACCCAAGUAUCAAGUGCCUACUCCUUUGAAGCACAACUAUUACAAGUCGCCUGCUCCUUCAAAGCACUACGACAAAUCCCCAGUAGCAGUGAAGUAUUAUAAAUCACCGGCACCUUCAAAGAAUUACUAUAAGUCGCCCGCCCCUUCAAAGAAUGACUACAAGGCCUCAACUCCUUCAAAGAAGUACUACAAGGCCUCUACACCUUCAAAGAAGUACUACAAGGCGCCUGCACCUUCAAAGAAGUACUACAAGGCGCCUGCACCUUCAAAGAAGUACUACAAGGCCCCCGCCCCUGCAAAAAAGUACUACAAGGCGCCCGCCCUUGCAAAGAAGUACUACAAGGCCCCCGCCCCCGCAAAGAAGUACUACAAGGCCCCCGCCCCCGCAAAGAAGUACUACAAGUCGCCUGCUCCAUCGAAGCACUACUACAAGUUACCAUCCCCAACAAAAUAUUACAAAUCGCCUGCUCCUUCAAAGUAUUACAAGUCGCCUGCUCCUUCAAAGCACUACUACAAAUCCCCAGUAGCAGUGAAGUAUUAUAAAUCACCGGCACCUUCAAAGAAUAUCUAUAAGUUGCCCACCCCUUCAAAGAAUUACUACAAGGCCCCAACUCCUUCAAAGAAGUACUACAAGGCCCCCGCCCCUUCAAAGAAGUACUACAAGGCACCCGCCCCUGCAAAGAAGUACUACAAGGCCCCCGCCCCCGCAAAGAAGUACUACAAGGCCCUCGCCCCGGCAAAGAAGUACUACAAGGCGCCUGCCCCCGUAAAGAAGUACUACAAGUCGCCUGCUCCAUCGAAGCACUACUACAAGUCACCAUCCCCAACAAAAUAUUACAAAUCGCCUGCUCCUUCAAAGUAUUACAAGUCGCCUGCCCCAACAAAGUAUUACAAAUCGCCUGCUCCUUCAAAGUAUUACAAGUCGCCUGCCCCAACAAAAUAUUACAAAUCGCCUGCUCCUUCAAAGUAUUACAAGUCGCCUGCCCCAACAAAGUAUUACAAAUCGCCUGCUCCUUCAAAGUAUUACAAGUCGCCUGCCCCAACAAAAUAUUACAAAUCGCCUGCUCCUUCAAAGUACUACAAGUCGCCUGCUCCAACAAAAUAUUACAAAUCGCCUGCUCCUUCUAAAUACUAUAAAUCGCCGCCGCCACCAAAGUAUUACAAGUCACCAGUUUACUAUAAGUCUCCACCCCCACCUGCUUAUUAUGAAAAAUCACCUUCUUACGACAAGUCACCUCCACCUCCUUCAAAAUACUAUGAGCAAUCACCAUCUUACAAAUCUCCACCACCUCCUCCAAAAUACUAUGAACAAUCACCUUCGUCCUACAAGUCACCACCACCACCUCCAAAAUACUAUGACCAGUCACCAUCUUCUCACAAAUCUCCACCACCUCCACCAUACUACAAAGAAUCGGCACCUUCCUAUAAAUCUCCUCCACCUCCACCAUACUACAAAGAAUCAACACUUUCCUAUAAAUCCCCUCCACCUCCACCAUUCUACAAAGAAUCUACACCUUCCUAUAAAUCUCUUCCACCUCCACCAAAAUACUAUGAGCAAUCACCUCCAACCUACAAUGUACCAUCUCUAUCAGCGACGGUAAAACUACCAUCAUACUACUUACCUCCACCACCAACGGAAUAUUACAAGCAAACUCCAACCUACACCUCACCUCCACCACCUAAGAAGUACGAGCAAUCAACCACAUAUGCUUCACCUCCACCCCCACCAAGCUACUAUUAAUAGCCACUAAUUCUAUCAGUUCCACCAUUUCCAUGACUUCUAACUCCUUUUACUCCUAAUUGGAGUGUCUCUAUUUCCUCUGCCAAUAAGUUAUGUAUGCUUCAAGAAGGUUUUGCUUGUUUUGUUUGCUCCUUUCUUUUAAUAAUUUGUAAUAUGUAUUGUUUGAAUUUUCAGUAAGAUCCUCAAGAUCUCCCUCACUUUGGCUCAUUGUAUCAAGAUUCUUUUUGGUGUAACCUCUUGAGAGUUCCACUUUGUGUAAUACUAUCUUCUUCUUUGUCUAAUAUUGUUUUAUCUAA